AUGGAAUCGAGGACUCAGUCCACGCUCCCGCUUAUUCCAAACCCAAAAAUAUGUAAGCCAAGCACUAGCCAUGUGUACGAGAGCUUCCUGCAAGGCAAUACGGCAGAUUACCUAGACCAGAUCCACAAUGCGUGGAAGCAAGAUCCAUCUUCCGUGGACGCCUCGUGGAAACGAUACUUUGAGGCCAUCGAGAAUGGUCACCCGCCGGCGGAUAUCCGCUACAGUCCUAUAUACAAAGCCGAGACUGUGACGAAGCCAAAGUCAUCAUCACUACUACCCGGAUUAGGCGGUUAUAUUCGGACGGCAUCUGGGGCGUCUGUUCUUCAGCCGACCACAGAAAAUAAACAGGUAAAGGUAGAGCGUUUAGUGCGAGCAUACAGAGACUUUGGCCACCUAAAGGCAAAGACAAAUCCGCUUGACGUCCCAGAAAAGCAGGAAAUAGCUAUUCCUGAGCUCGACCCCAGCCUCUAUGGGCUCACAACCGCCGACAUGGACCAGAGCUUCUCUAUAAACGCAGAAGCGCUCCCUCACUUUGCAGCGACAAGCAACGGGUCCAUGACCCUCCGCGAUAUCAUCUGGACAUGCGAAAGCACCUACUGCGGUACAAUUGCAACCGAAUACACCCACCUCGCAACCCUGGAAGAACGCAACUGGAUCCGAGCCCGCAUCGAAUCACCAAAUACCCAGCGCUUUCCAGCAGAAGAAAAGAAACGCAUUCUCAACAGUCUUAUCCGCGCAACAAGUUUUGAGAAAUUUCUCGCGGCCAAAUUCCCCAAUGCAAAGCGUUUUAGCCUGGAAGGCGCCGAGAGCCAACUCCCUGCUGUCGAGGCAAUCAUUGACACCAGUGCCGAGCAUGGUGUCCGCAAUGUUGUCUUCCCUUGCUGCCAUCGCGGGAAGUUAAAUAUUCUCAGUAAUGUAGGCCAGAAGCCGAACGAGCUCAUCUUUAGUGAGUUUGCGGGAGCGCCGUCGCGGCAUGGGAUACCCGGUGAUGUUAAGUACCAUUUGGGGAUGAGCUGUGAAAGAUUGACGGCAUCAGGGAAGAAGGUAUACAUCACAAUUCUGCCCAACCCCUCGCAUCUUGAGUCGCAGAAUCCAGUUGGGCAAGGCAUGGCGAGGGCUAUUCAACAGGGUGAUGGCGAAGAUAAAAGGACGACGAUGGUGUUUAAUAGUCACACCGAUGCGUCAUUCUCAGGGCAGGGGGUUAUUUAUGAGACUCUAGGACUAUCUGGGCUUGAGACUUAUGGAACUGGAGGGACGGUUCAUUUGAUUGUUAACAACCAGGUUGGAUUUACUACAGAUCCUGGGUCUGCGCGGUCAUCGAGGUAUGCUUCGGAUAUUGGGAAGAUUGUUCAGGCCCCAGUGUUCCAUGUCAACGCAGAUGAUGUUGAGAGUGUUGUGUUUGUCUGCAAAUUGGCAGCACAAUAUCGCGCAAGAUUUGGCAAGGACUGUUUUGUUGACCUGGUGUGUUAUCGGAAGAAUGGGCACAACGAGAUGGAUCAGCCCUCCUUCACACAGCCGAUGAUGUACGAAAUAAUUGCGAGAAAGGCUUCUCAGUUGGAGUCUUAUUCCAGCAGGUUGAUUGAUGAAGGGGUCGUCACUGCAGAAGAGGUUGCACACAUAGAGGCAGACACAUGGAAGAAGAUGAGCGACAGCCUUGCAAACAGCAAAGACCCUCCACCGCUUGAGCGCGAGUACACAUACCCAUCAUGGGACAGUUUCAAGAAGCCGACCCAGGUUGCUCAAGAGGUGUUUGAGGCAAAGCCAACAGCAGUAUCUACAGACGUUGUCAAUACUAUAGCGAACAAGCUAGGAGUUCCGGAUGACCCGUUCGUCGUGCACAAAAGCCUAAACCGCAUUCUCCACAAACGACAGCAAAGCCUGAUUGACGGCCGUGAUAUUGACUGGGCCACCGCUGAGGCCCUGGCGAUGGGCAGUCUCUGUCUCGAGGGCUACCAUGUCCGUCUGUCCGGGCAGGACGUGGAGCGCGGCACCUUUUCACAGCGCCACGCAGUCUUGAACGAUCAGAAAUCGGGAGCAAGGUUUACUCCACUCAAUUCUCUCACUGAUAACCAGGCCGAGUUCACGGUAGGAAACUCCUCACUCAGCGAAUACGGUGUUAUGGGCUUCGACUACGGCUAUUCAUGCAUGGCCCCGAACGCGCUUGUAAUAUGGGAAGCCCAGUUCGGCGAUUUCGCCAAUAACGCGCAGUGUAUUAUUGAUCAGUUUCUAUCUUCCGCCGAGAAUAAGUGGCUCAUGAGAUCUGGUCUUGUUCUUUCCUUGCCGCAUGGUCUGGACGGGCAGGGUCCUGAACACUCAUCGGCUCGCAUGGAACGAUUCUUGCAGCUCUGCAAUGAAGACGGUCGCUUUUUUCCGUCACCGGAGAAGCUGGAGAGGAAGCACCAGGACGCUAAUAUGCAGGUUGUUUAUAUGACUUCUCCUGCGAAUCUGUUCCAUGUGCUCAGGCGACAGUUGCAUCGUGAUUUCAGGAAGCCUUUGAUUGUUUUCUUCUCGAAAUCUCUGCUUCGCCACCCACUGGUGAAAUCAAACGUGGAGGAAUUCGUCGGGGAGUCUAAAUUCCAUCCUGUCAUCCCGGAUCCACGCCUGGAAGACCCUACAUUCGACACUGGCAGCAUUAAAAGAGUAAUCUACUGCACUGGCCAAGUAUACUUUGCACUAGCAAGAUACCGUGAGAUGCAUGGUAUUACCGAUACCUCCAUUACACGCGUCGAACAACUCCAUCCAUUCCCGUGGCAGGAAGUCCACGAAGACCUGCAGCAGUAUCCCAACGCGUCCGAUAUCGUCUGGUGCCAGGAAGAGUCCCUUAAUGAUGGUCCAUGGGCGUUUUCUCGGACCAGGCUGGAGACUAUCUUCGACACAACUGAGCAGCAUAGAGGCCGUCGGUUACGAUUUGGAGGACGCUCGGCCACAUGUAGUGUGGCGACAGGUUUUGCAAGUGAACAUCAGGCCCAAGAAGACGCUUUGCUGAAGGAAGCCUUUUCUCAUGGCCUAGGUUGA